AUGAUGGCCACGAGUAUGGGCCCCAACUUCCAGGGCCAUCCCGCCAACAUGGGACACCCGGGUGUUGCUGGUCAUCCCAUGGGUCCCGGUAUGAAUGCGAAUGGUGGACAACCAGGCACGCCUGGUGGUGGCAUGCCUCAUCAGUUCGCGGGCAACCCGAUGGCCGCGGGCAACCCGGGGAUGAAUCCUGCCAUGAUGGCGGCCAUGCAACAACACAGCGGAGGCCAUAACCUCCAAGCCACCUUCCAGCAUAUGAGCCCUGCUCAGCAGCAAGCCUACCAGCAGCAAAUGCAGUCCCAAUGUGAGCCGCGCCGUUUCCUUGUUGCCAUUUCUCGGAGCCGUGCUAACUGCCAAUCUUCUUUCCCCCAUCCAGUCACUAAUCCACAAGCAGUUGCCCAAAUGCGUCAGCAGCAAGUAUACGUCCAGCAACAACGGCAGGCUUUGAUGGCUCAACAGGCCAUGGCCCAGAAUGGUGGCAUGGCGCCCAAUCAGAUGGCCGCCAACGGCAUGGCUGCCAACGGCAUGCCCAUGAAUAUACAGUUGACGGCACAGCAGAUGCAGCAGCUGCGACAGGGUGGUCGAAUCAACGCUAUGCAGCACCCUCAGGCUCAUGCUGCUAUGAUGGCCCAGCAAUUGGCUCUGCAACAACAACACGCCGCGCAAAACCAGAUGCAACAGGGCGGGCCGAACGCCCAGCAGAUGCAGAUGAAUGCACAAGCGUUGCAGCACCUGCAACAACAACAGCAGGCCCAGGCCGCCCAAGCCGCCCAGGCCGCCCAGGCUGCCCAGGCACAGCAGCAACAACAAGUCGGCCCCAAUGCACAGGCACAGAUGGCCGCCCAGCAAGGGCAGCAGCAAGGUCCACAAGGGCAACAGAACCAGCAGGGUCAACAACAAGGCCAACCGGGUCAACAGCCCCCAGGCCAGGGCCAACCUGGUCAGCAAGCCCAAGUCCAGGCGCAGCAGCAAGCGCAGCAGCAAGCGGCUGGACAAGCGCAGCAGCGACAGCAAACGCCCGCGCAGGGCUCGCAGGCCGGCACCCCUGCCCCGACUGGCCAGCAUACGCCGCAGCAGACGCCUGCACCUGGACCAAACGUCGCGCAAACGCCGCAGGGUCAGCAACAGCAAAAUCCUGGCCAACCACCGCAGGGUCAGCAACAGCAGUCAGGUCAUCAACCCCAGCAGCAGCCGCAGCCUCAGCAGCAUCCCAUGCUGGCACAACACAUGAACGCCGCCACCGCCCAGCAGCUAGCCAUGAACAACAGCAUGUUACAGCAGCAGCGUAGGGAACACCUCAAGGCUCAGUGCCUGAUGAGGCUCUCCCAGCUGAGUGAGCAGUUGAGCGGCUAUCCUGGAGCCCGCAAUCGAGAUGACCUGAGCUAUUGGAACGACCUAGUCGGCCGUUUCUUCUCAAGAACAGCCAUCUUCCGCCACACCCUCCAUACGAGCGCCGAGGGCGAAGACACUGGCCCCCGCCAAUACGACAUUUCCUUCCCAGCCAUUGCCCGAUACUUUCACACCCACUUCGGUAGCGGCGUCAAGUCCAUGCAGCUCACUCUGGGACAAGGAACUGCCGACAGACCCCUGCCUGGUGAUGCUUACCACAUCGAGAACCCCAGAGCCAGCUUCAUCUAUUGGUUCGAGACGGGCUCGCACCUUGUAUCCAGUGGAAGCCUGCGAGUCCUAUUUGACAGUGAACAAAAGUUUGAGCUGUUCGAGUUCUUGGCCACCAGCCACGAAGAGUUCGUCGCGCGAAAGCAGGUUAUCGAUGCUGCCAAGCCGGCGCACGUCUGGAUGAAGGAGUGGCACAAGGUUAACUCGACCGACAGCAAGCAGUCUCCCGAAAUGUCCAAGAAGGGAAAGGGAAAGCAGCUCAAGUCGCCGCAGAGGGAGCCUCCCAAGGUCCUUAACGAUUUGCCCGAUUCAGCCGUCAACCGUCAGGGUGUCACCGAAGCCGUCUACCAGUUCCUGGAAAUCGUGGAAGUCAUGGGCCAGAUGAACCCACUGUUCAACUUUACCCACAGCAACCCUGGCCUUGGUCCCUAUGCUGCUCUGGAUCAAUAUGUAUCGACCUUUAUCAACGCGGGCCCUGGGCAAAUGAACGGCCAAGUGCCCCAAGGUGCCCCGAGAACACCCAGCUUCAGCCAGUUUAACAUGGGAGCCAGUCCGGCUGCGGCCAACAUGAACCUCCCGGGCUCCCCCCACAUGGGUAGCCCAGCUCCUGGUCAGAUUCAGGCGCCUGGCAUGCAGCUACAGCAGAGCCAGCAAGGGACCAGCUCGAGCGGGCCGAGUGCUAACACCUCGCCGGCCUCUAACAAGCGCAGACGUCCCUCAGCCGUCAAGAUCGAGGAGGACGGGCCCGGGGCGGGAACGCCAGGAGCCCAAGUCAACGGCACGGCCAACAGGAACAAGCCAGCUACUCCACGCAUGCCCAAACGUGUCAAGGCAAACCCGUCAUGA